GAUGGAGCCAUGAAAUUAAAAAAAAAAACUUCAAAACAUUAACAUAACCACAAAAUGGAGAGAAUUGUUUUGUUCACCUUCACAUCACUACUCAUGCGACCAGAAAGAAGUUAAGAUUCCAGAAACAAAACAAACACGUGAAUAGCAGUGUGCUUAGUACAGAAGUAAACUAAAGACUAAAUUAUGGGUCGAAAAAUACCUGCAAAGAAACAUCGCGGAGUCAAAGACCCACUUCAGCAACAAGCUAAGCGAGAUCAAAAAUUGAAGUCCAAGAUCAACGCGCCGCCCUCGGACCCCGACGCGCAGCCCGUGCCGCGCUCGUUGACGGAGCUGUUUUCGCGCCCCGUCCGCACCCCCACGAAGAAACUUAAACGGAAACUCGCACUAGUUCCUGCCGCUGCAACAAUGGGCAAAAGCAACCCAAUAUCGCGUCUUCGUAAGCUGCCGGGAGAAUCCGGCCGAGGCUUUACUAUGCGGAUCAACAGUGCAAUCCGGGCUCUGCAUGACUCUGAUGAGGCACAGGAAUAUCCUCAAGAUCUGGAGGAGGAGGACGCUCGAGGAUCGCGCAUAGCGGCGCUGCGCGAGCGCCGGCAGCGGAGGCGCGGCCGGCCGCCGCCGCCGGCGCGCGACUCGCGCAAGGACAGGGUCAAACUCAAGAAGGCAGCCGCUGCCCAGGCGGCGCUGGCGGCGCAGCGCGAGCGGCCGCAGUACGAGCGCGUGCCCUUCGGCGCCGUCAGCGCGGCGCCCCCCGCGCUGCCGGCGCCCCGCGGCGCGCCCCACUCCGCGCCCCGGUCAAGUACAACUUUGAUGCAUGUACUCGUAUGUAUGUUGAAUGGUGCCGGCAGCCGGGGCGCCGCGAGCUGCUGCUGAACGAGCUGCUGCGGCCGGGGACGGGGUCGGGGGCUGCGGCGGGUGUGAGGGGGACGCGGGACGCGAUUGCGGACGAGCGCGAGCGCGCGCGCCGCGACGCUGUGGCCGCCUACCGCGACCUCAAGAAACAAAAACGGAAACAGGCUCCUUGUAUUUAGUUUAUAGUAUGUUAAGAAAUAAAUGUUGUUUUUUGUUAA